GAAGGUCGCCCCGCGGCGCGUGAGUUUGGCUGUGUCCGUGUGUCCGUCUGUGAGUCCCUGGCUCCGCCGGCGUGGACGCCUCGAGUCCUGUCCCUGGCCGCGUCCGGCUCUCCUGGGGCCGGCGGGCCCUGCAGCCUCCCGCUGCCUGCAGGGAGCCGCUCUCCCAGCGCCGGACGGGGUCGGCCGACACCCCGACCUGCCCCACGGGGACGUGUGCUGCUCCGGCCCCUGAGGGAUCGACUUCUGGAGACCCAUGUUGCCUGAGGAGGAAGGCCAGAAGAGGAGGAAGAGGGAAGAGAACGUGGCGGGGAUGGCCCUGACCCAGGGACGGGUGACGUUCGGGGACGUGGCGGUGGAGUUCUCCCAGGAGGAGUGGAAGUGCCUGGACCCCGCUCAGAGGGCCCUGUACCGGGACGUGAUGCUGGAGAACUACAGGAACCUGCUGUCCCUGGGUAUUUCUCCUAAAUGUGCGGUCAGGGAAGGAGCUUCGUCCCCAGGGCACAGCGGUGUGGGGAAGGCAGCCCAGACACUGUGUUUGGAGAGCAGUGAGAGCAAAGACUUUUCCCCCAGAGAAGUCCAUAAAAAUAAAAAUGACUUUGAAUUUCAAUGGACUGGUGAUGAAGGAAAUUUGGAAGACUUGCUUGUGAUUCAUAAAGAAAGUCUCGUUGCUGGAAGAGGUGAGCGUGGCAGAGAUGAGAGAGACGGUGCUGAGCAAAGCGGCCUCUGCUCGGGCCCGCCGGCACCCGCGCCCUCCGAGGGCGACGGCGGGGACUGUGGGUGCGUGGCGCAGGCCCUCCGCGGCUUGCCCUUGGGCUCUCCACCUCAGCCAGUCCCUGCUCGUGUGAAAACUCACAUUGCUGAUGACUAUGGGAAUGACUUCAUCUAUGCGUUACUAACACAGGAGCAGAAAGCGCACGUGAGGGAAAAGCCUUACAGGUGCGAGGAGUGUGGCAAGAUCUUCAGUUACACGUCGUCCCUGGCGCAUCACCGCAGGAUCCACACGGGGGAGAAGCCGUACAGGUGCGCCGAGUGCGGCAAGGCGUUCUUCAGGCGCUCUUACCUCCUGGUUCACGAGAGGCAUCACACCGGAGUGAAGCCCUACAAGUGUAAUGACUGUGGCAAAGUCUUCACGCAAAAUUCCCACCUUAUAAGUCAUCGGAGAAUUCACACUGGAGAAAAGCCAUACAAGUGUAACGAGUGCGGCAAAGCCUUCAGCAUCCGUUCCAAUCUAACUAAUCACCAGGUCAUCCACACCGGGGAGAAGCCCUACAAGUGCAGCGAGUGCGGCAAGGUCUUCAGUCAGACGUCCAGCCUGGCGAUUCACCGGAGAACCCACACCGGGGAGAAGCCCUACAAGUGCAGCGAGUGCGGCAAGGUCUUCAGUUCACACUCCAACUUGAACACCCACCAGAUCAUCCACCGCGGAGAAAAGCCCUACAAGUGUUACGAGUGUGGCAAGGUGUUCACUCAGAACUCGCACCUCGCGAAUCACAGGAGAAUCCACACGGGGGAGAAGCCCUACAAGUGCAGCGAGUGCGGCAAGGCCUUCAGUGUGUAUUCAAGUCUGACCACCCACCAGGCCAUCCACACCGGGGAGAAGCCGUACAAGUGCAACGAGUGCGGCAAGGUCUUCACCCAGAACUCGCACCUGGCCAGCCACCGGGGGAUCCACACCGGGGAGAAGCCGUACAAAUGCGAGGAAUGUGGCAAAUUCUUCAGCCAGACUUCCAACCUUGCAAGGCACUUGAGGGUUCACACCGGGGAGAAGCCUUACAAGUGUAACGAGUGUGGCAAAUCCUUCAGUGUGCGUUCAAACCUAAUUGCCCACCAGGUCAUCCACACCGGGGAGAAACCCUACAAGUGCAGCGAGUGCGGCAAGGUCUUCAGUCAGACGUCCAGCCUGGCGAUUCACCGGAGAAUCCACACCGGGGAGAAGCCCUACAAGUGCAGCGAGUGCGGCAAAGCCUUUAGUUCUCAUUCCAAUCUAAACACCCACCAGAUCAUCCACCGCGGAGAAAAGCCUUACAAAUGUAACGACUGUGGCAAGGUCUUCACUCAGAACUCGCACCUCGCGAACCACCAGAGAAUCCACACGGGGGAGAAGCCCUACAAGUGCAAUGUGUGCGGCAAGGCCUUCAGCGUGUACGCGAGCCUGACCACCCACCAGGCCAUCCACACCGGGGAGAAGCCGUACAAGUGCAGCGAGUGCGGCAAGGUCUUCACCCAGAACUCGCACCUUUCAAGUCACCGGAGAAUUCACACCGGGGAGAAGCCGUACAAGUGUAAUAAAUGCGGGAAGGCGUUCAGCGUGAGCUCCAGCCUGACGACUCAUCAGUUGGUGCACACCGGGGAGAAGCCUUACACAUGUAACGAGUGCGGGAAGGUCUUUGGGCGGCGUUCAAAUCUUGCAAGUCAUCGGAGAAUUCACACUGGCCUUUUAAAGCCUUAUAAAUGACUGGCAAAGCUUUUGGUCUGGGUCCGCUUCUUUCACGUUAGAGAAUUUAAGAAAAGCUACACAUACACUGACUGGCAAACCACUCAACAAGAGGAUGAGCGGUAGAGCUACCCAGAGCCGUCGGCCGACAGCUUCUGUAAGUGGGAUGCGGCGGGCGCUUUGUCCCGGACGCGGUGCGAAGUACAGCGUUGGUCCUUGAUGAGAGCACACGGGUGCCGUGUGUGUGCUGGAGCCCCUGUGUCUGGAUUUACGGGAAUGCCUUGGUCUCUGAUUCUCUUAAGGUUCAUCUUCCGAGUUCUCUUCCACAGAAUAAUUGCAAGCUACAAUGUCCUCAAGUUCACGCCGUGCUGUGAAGUGUUGGCAGGCCUGGUUAUCUUCAGGUAAUAAAACGCUUUGCCGAGAACAGUUGUGAAACGGUAGUGCUGUGCUGCCUUCCGACCGCUGGCGAUCUCUGCGGAGGACUGGAGACAGCGGAAGGCCUUCACUUCCCGCGAGCAUCACCCCUGUCCGAGAAGUAGGGGAGGUUAUUGUUUUUGAGGUUGAAUACUUGGGAGGAGGCAGGGAAUCCUGGAAC